AUGAUCAAAUCGGUCCUGAUUGGUGAAGCUCACAACCUAGAUCUUCUUAGUUGUCUUCCCAGAUUUAUGGUUGAUGGAAACGAUUUGAUGGAAGGCAUUAAGUAUUUGGGUGGGCUUCAAGUUGCACUCAGAUUUCAUUCAUCAGUGGAUGCCAGAGACUUCCUUGUCGAUGAAUCAAGAUGGAAAGAGUGGUUUAGAUGGCUAUCCAGGGGAGACCAGUUUGAACUAAGAUUCGAGAGGAUAGCUUGGCUGAAAAUAGUGGGUCUUCCUGUAAGAUACUGGGAUAACAAAAAUCUUUCUAGAAUUGUUAAACAUCGGGGGAAAAUCAUUACUCCUAUGGAAGAUAUGUUUAUUAGAACAGAUCUCUCCAUGAUAAAAAUUGGCAUUAUCACCUCAUAUCGAAGAUGGAUCAAUGAAGAGGUCAAUGCUGUAGCGAAUGGAAAAACUAUCAGGAUUGGAGUAUUUGAGUUUGCUGAUGAAUGGUCUCCCUUUGGUACAUCAUCCUCUCAUGAGGUGGAAGAUAGUUCGGAGGUUUCUGGCGAUAACGACGUAGAUGACGAAGGUAUAUCAGAAACUGACAUGAAUGACGGAGUUAAAGAAGUGGAAGAUGGUGAAAUAUGUCCAGAAGCCAUGAACGACGAGGAUAAUGACAUGGAAGAUGGUGAAAUAUGUCCAGAUAAUCUUAAGAGCACAUCUCCGGUAGCUCUUGGUUGUAAGUCCCGGGGUGGAUCCGAUGAUCAGCGGGCUGACUCAAUCCCGUCGGCUCAUGAAUAUGGAGAGACGACGACACAGGGGCACGAUGCGGAUGCGCAGACCGUUGACCUUCCUCCUCGAGACUCUUCUUGCUUGGAACCUCAACCGACGUUAUUGGAACCUGGUGAGAUUAAUGCCAACAUUAAAACAACGAAGUUCCCGAUCACUGGCGGUACACCUAACACUGGAGUUGGAAAAUAUGGGCUGUAA